AUGGAGGACACUUACAAUAACAGGACUUCCCUGGCUAAGGGGGCCAAGGACAUGGCCAAGGAGGUCAAGCGGCAUGCAGCAAAGAAAGUCAACAAGGUGGUGGACCGCGCCACAGACGAGUACUCAUCCCACCGCAACUACAGCCGAUUCCAGGAUGAGGAGGACGAAGAUGAGGAUUUCUACCGGAACCCCCCGAGGCAGGAUGGAGAGGGCUACCACGAAAACGAGGAGGGCUCCAGCGAUGCCACAGAGGGCCACGAUGAUGAGGAUGAGAUCUAUGAGGGCGAGUACCAGGGGAUCCCCUCUGCAGGAGAUAGGAAGCAUAAGGAGGGCCAGGUGGCGCUGGGGCAACCGAUGUCAGAUGCUACAAGGGACCGUAAGGGGCUGGAGGAGGAGAGACAGGCGGAUGAGGAGGAGCUGGCCCAACAAUACGAGCUGAUCAUCCAGGAGUGUGGUCACGGGAGGUUCCAGUGGCAGCUCUUCCUGGUACUCGGGCUGGCACUCAUGUCAGAUGGAGUGGAGGUGUUCGUGGUGGGUUUUGUGCUGCCCAGCGCAGAGACAGACAUGUGUGUGCCCAACUCCAGCUCGGGAUGGCUAGGCAGUGUUGUUUACUUGGGGAUGAUGGUUGGAGCAUUCUUCUGGGGAGGGAUGUCUGACAAAGUGGGCCGCAGACAGUGCCUCCUCAUUUGCAUGUCCACAAAUGGCUUCUUCGCCUUCCUGUCAUCUUUUGUCCAGGGAUAUGGCUUAUUCCUCCUUUGCCGUCUCAUCGCAGGCUUUGGGAUAGGAGGUGCUGUGCCCAUCGUUUUCUCCUUCUUUGCAGAGGUGUUGUCCAGGGAGAAGAGAGGAGAACACCUCAGCUGGUUGUGUAUGUUCUGGAUGAUAGGGGAGAUCUAUGCAUCUGCUAUGGCCUGGGCCAUCAUCCCACACUACGGUUGGAGUUUCAGUAUGGGUUCAGCUUACCAGUUUCACAGCUGGAGGGUGUUUGUGGUCGUCUGUGCCCUGCCCUGUGUGUGUGCUGUGGUGGCGCUUACCUUCAUGCCCGAAAGCCCUAGGUUCUACCUUGAGGUGGGGAAGCAUGAUGAAGCCUGGAUGAUCCUCAAACAGAUCCACGACACCAACAUGAGAGCGCGUGGGCAACCGGAGAAAGUCUUCACCGUAAACAGAAUCAAGAUCCCCAAACAGCUGGAUGAACUGGUGGAAAUGGAGUCAGAGACUGGCAACCCAGUUUCCAAGGCUUUCUUUAGGAUAAAGGCUGAAAUACAUGGGAUCUAUCUGAAUCUCAUGAAGUGCUUCAACUACCCUAUGCGAGAAAACAUGAUGCGACUAGCCAUAGUGUGGUUCACACUGUCAUUCGGGUAUUAUGGCCUGUCAGUCUGGUUCCCUGAUGUUAUCAAACACCUUCAGGCAGAUGACUAUGCCUCCAAAGUGAAGAUCCACGACAAUGAACGCAUUGAAGACUUCACCUUCAACUUCACCCUGGAGAACCAGAUACACAAAAAUGGUCUCUUCAUCAAUGACCGAUUCAUCAAUAUGAAGCUGAAAUCCGUCACCUUCAUUGAAUCUACCUUUCGGAACUGCUACUUUGAUGAUGUGACAUCGGUGGGCUCCUUCUUCCGUAACUGUACUUUCAUUGAUGCUUACUUCUUUAACACAGACAUCGAUGAAUCCAAGUUGAUAGAUGGCACAGAGGUGAUCAACAGCACUUUCACCCACAACAAGAUGGGAUGCCAGAUGACGUUUGAUGAUGACUACAGUGCCUACUGGGUUUACUUCAUCAAUUUCCUUGGGACCCUGGCUGUUCUUCCAGGCAACAUUGUGUCCGCCCUUCUCAUGGACAAAAUUGGACGUCUGUCCAUGUUAGGUGGCUCUAUGGUCCUUUCAGGCAUCAGCUGUUUCUUCUUGUGGUUUGGCACCAGCGAGUCCAUGAUGAUUUUCAUGUUGUGCCUUUACAACGGCCUGAGCAUUUCUGCCUGGAACUCCCUAGAUGUGGUCACAACUGAGUCAUUCCCUACUGUCAGGAGAGGAACAGGCUUUGGGUUCUGCAACGCUCUUUGUAAGCUGGCUGCAGUCUUGGGGAACCUGAUUUUUGGUUCUCUUGUUGGAAUCACAAAGGCCAUCCCGAUCCUCAUGGCCUCGUCUGUGCUCGUCGGGGGAGGACUGGUUGCUCUCCGGUUGCCUGACACCAGGGCAAAUGUCCUCAUGUAA